UAUAUUCACCUUUUCAAACUUGUCAAAAUUGAGAAAUCAAGUUCUUAGGUACAGACUCUAUGAAUUAAUCACCGCGUUGGACUCUCUCCUUGUGUCCCUCAAUCCAGCUUCUGCGCCAAGCACACCCGAACUCUCGCUUCCAGCUUCCGAAGCUGCCUCACUACCAGCGUUCGAUCGAAGGUGAAACGAGCUCGCAUCAUAUUCUACUCUCAAUCAUUGAAUCAAAUUAUUCAAUCGUCGAAACAUUCGAAAUGGCUCCCCCUACCCCCGCCGAAAGCGAAAACCACCAGCUGCUCCUCGAUCGUUUGGAUAUUGCAGCGGUUCCGCGCCCUUUCCGCAGCCACACCUGGAGACCAUCCCAGCGACGCAACAAGAACGUCAAGCAGCUCAUCUCUGAUAGUUCGAGAAAGGAGGCUUCGGUUAUGGCUACCCAAGCCAACUCUGGAAUGACAACUCCUUUGCAGCCUACCACGUCCGCCAGUACUGAUGGAAGCGUGACUCCUGCUGAAGGGAACCCACGCACAUCGAACAUUGCCCAGGCGGCGCAAAACCUCUCUACGCUUGUGUUAGAGAAGAAUGCACGUGCUAUGUUUUCUUCAGGACCUGCUGUGACCUAUACAAAUGUUGAAUCUGCACCAUCGCUACACCCGGCGCAGCAGCGGCGAUACUGCGAUAUUACGGGACUCCCUGCGGCAUACACUGACCCCAAGACACGGCUCAGAUAUCAUGACAAGGAAAUUUUUAGUGUGAUUAGAACUCUGGGACAGGGUGUGCCAGAAAGCUACCUUGAGCUUAGGGCAGCGCAUGUGGUGCUCAAGUAAAUGACAGGAUCCAUCAGGACGAAUUCGAUUUUAUAUGUGGAUGCGUAACGACUAGGGUAUGCAGAUGCAGUGAUUCAUAUUAAAGAAUUGCAGGUCAUGGGUGACUGACUUUGAUAAUACAUUUCAGACACUACGAUUCCAAUACAAGCGUUAUGUACGACCAACACA